GGGCGAGCGCGGGGGGCGGCGGCGGCUCCGCGGGGCUCCGCGCGCGCGGAGCAGCAGCAGCAGCACCGCCGUCGGCAGAGGACGAAGGAGGAGAACGGAGCUGGGCGCCCGGCUCGCCGCUCUUCCUGCCGGGGACGUACACACUCGUUCAUGCACGAGCGCUUUUUUAUUUUUCUUUUUUUUUACGGCGAUUUUUUCAAUUAUUAUUUUUGCCUUCUUUUUUUUUUUUUUUUUUUUUCCCUUUUUUUGCCUUAUCCCGAGGGGUUUCCUUGUCGCUCGGUACCUCGCAACUGCCAAAUCCAACCUGCACAAACUCCUGGCCACCGACCCCGCCGCCACCACGGGUCCUGGAGCCGGGAUUUUCGGGGCUUCGGGGGCGCGCCGCCUCCCCCCUCCCCCGCGGCGGUGCACGCUGGCCGUGCCCAGCGCUGAGAGACUUUCGGCGGCAGGAGUGCCGCUCUCCUGAAACGCCGCGGGCAGGCUGAACGCGCUUGUGAACUGGACCAGCUGCUUCGGGGAGGGGGGAAACCCGAUGUGGUGAGGAAAAAAAGCAGACCGACACCCCCCUCCAACAAAAAAAAAAGCAAACCAAAAAAGCCCAACACCCCAAGAAAAAAAAAAAAGGCAAACUUGGACGGGCGGCUCGCGGCGCUGCUUUUGCAGAAACUCUUGUCUGACCGCGGGCGGCCCCGCCGCUCCUGCUUCUGCUGCCGCCGCUGCCUCGAGGGGGAGAGGACCGCGCCGCCGGGGACGAGGCGCCGGUGUGGAAGUACAAGUGGUGCGGGGAGCGGGGGCGCGGCCGCGGGGGGCUGCGCCGUCCCGGUGCCGCUGUGAGAAGUUGCGCGCCCUGCCCCGCGCCGGAGCGGCGCUGAGCUCCGGAGCGGCGCUGAGCCCCGGCGAGCCCCCCGCCGCCGCCGCCGCGAUGGUGCAGCAGACCAACACGGCGGAGAACACGGAGGCGCUGCUGGCCGCCGAGACCUCCGACUCCGGGGCCGGCAUCGAGCUGGGCAUCGCCUCCUCCCCCACGCCGGGUUCCACCGCCUCCACGGGGGGUAAGGCGGAUGACCCGAGCUGGUGCAAGACACCCAGCGGGCACAUAAAACGGCCCAUGAAUGCCUUCAUGGUAUGGUCACAGAUCGAGCGGCGAAAGAUCAUGGAGCAGUCCCCCGACAUGCACAACGCCGAGAUCUCCAAGCGCCUGGGCAAGCGCUGGAAGCUGCUCAAGGACAGCGACAAGAUUCCCUUCAUCCGGGAGGCGGAGCGGCUGCGCCUCAAGCACAUGGCGGACUAUCCUGACUACAAGUACCGGCCCAGGAAGAAGGUGAAGUCGGGCAACAGCUCCGCCAAGCCCGGCGACAAGGCGGACAAGGGCGGCGGGGGCGGCGCCGGCGGCGGCAGCGCGGGCGGCGGCUCCGGCGGCCCCGCGGCCCCCGCCAAGCCCGCCCCGAAGAAGGGCGGCGGCGGCGGCUCCAAGCCCUCCCCCGCGGGCGGCGGCGGCGCGGGCGCGGGCGGCAAGCCCCACGGCAAGGCGGCGGGGGGCAAGGCCGCGCCGUUCCCCGGAGAGCCCUCGGCCGCGCUGCUGCCGCCCGAGCACCAGGCGCUCUACAAGCCCCGGGGGGCGGCGGGCGCGCCUUCGGGACCCGGCAAGCCGCUCGCCGAGAAGAAGCUGAAGCGGGUCUACAUCUUCGGGAGCGGGCAGGCGGCGGCUGCCUCCGCCUCCCCCGGCGGCGCCGUACCCGGCAGCCCCACGCUGAGCAGCUCGGCGGAGGCCGGCGACCCCUUGAGCCUCUACGAGGAGGGGGGCGGCGGCGCGGGCCGGCCCGACGGGGACUGCGGCGGCGUCGCCUGCCCCUCGCCCUCCGGCUCCGGUUCGCCCUCGGAUCACCGCAGCUACACCAGCUUGCGCGCCUCCUCCCCGGCCCCCUCGACGGCGCAUUCCUCCUCCGCGUCCUCCCACUCCUCCUCUUCUUCCUCCUCCGGCUCCUCUUCGUCGGACGACGAGUUUGAGGACGACCUCUUGGACCUGAACCCCAGCCCCGGCUUUGAGAGCAUGUCCCUAGGCAGCUUCAGCUCUUCGGUGCUCGACCGGGACCUGGAUUUUAACUUCGAGCCUGGCUCGGGCUCGCACUUUGAGUUCCCGGACUAUUGCACGCCGGAGGUAAGUGAGAUGAUCUCGGGGGACUGGCUGGAGUCCAGCAUUUCCAACCUGGUCUUCACUUACUGAGGCGAGAGCCGGGCCCUGCUGGAGGAGGCACCGGCGCGCGUGGCUGUCGGCAGGACUCGCCCACCCCGCCGGGCGCUUUUGUGUCUUUUUCUGUUUUGUUAGGUGUUUGUGUUUUGGGGUUUAUUUUUUUUUUUGAGGGGGGAGGAAGUAUUUUGUUUGUUUCUGGGAAGGGGCUGUUGAGAGACUGCUUUUGAGCUUGGAGAAGGAGCGGGAUCGCCCUCUCCUUGCGGAAAGGCCAGCAGUCCCCUUCCUCCGGCUGCAGACGAACCCGCACACACCCCCUCCGAGAGAGGAGCCUGACGGUGCUUUUUGAGAGACUGGCGGGAGCGAGACACUGUCCUUUUCUCUUUUUUUAUUUCCUGAAAAGAGAGACAGAGAAAGGGGGAGGGAGGGGAAACCACACACACCUCUGGGUUCUUUGUUAUUGCCCAUUUUAUACGAAUAAAGAGGAGGGGAGCGAUGCGUUGUGCUGAGCGCACACUGGAUGUCUUGAGCAUUCGCUCUUUCCAAUGAAAGAGCGAUCAGAACUGCUUGGGGAAAAAAAGAACAGAAAAUCCACCCAAAUCCUUUGCAAUGUUCACAUUUGUUGGGAGAAAUCCUGUCCCGGUUUCUUCUGCGGUGAGAAGAGGCAACAAUGCUGGGAGGAGGAGGAGGUGGAUGGAGCUGGACUGAGAUCCUAGUUAAGCGGAGAAGAGCCAGACUUACACUUGAGAGCUGUCUUGGAAAUACGGUGGGGUAAAUAAUAAUAAACUGAAAUGGAUUUGCACGUACAGAUAAGGUGGCGGCAGCGCUUUUCUCAGUCACCUCAUGUAAUAUGUAGAGAGAAAAAUAAGGCUGAAACUUCAAGAAAACUGAAAACUUCUUUUAAAACAGAGACCGAGUGGGAACAGUUUCUGUCAUGAUGUGGUACAGGGGAAACUGAGGGCGAUGGCUUUUGCAAAAAAAACCACAAACAAACAAAAAAAAAAAAAAAAAACCAAACCCGAAAAUACAAAAAAAAAAGUAGUUUUUUUCUUCUUACUCAGAAUCGUGAUGGUGUUGGAUUAUUUCACUGGUGGGGUUUAAUAUAGCAUGUUAUACUGUCUAUCUUUUCAAGAUUUCUGUAAGACUGUUGAACAGUUUGAAAAAAACAAAACUAGUGUUAGGAUAAUAUAAAAGCAGAUAGAUGGCGCUAUGUUUGAUUCCUACAAAAAUAUCACCAGCUUUUUUUCAUUCUUAACUCUUUAAAGGAUUCAAACGCAACUCAAAUCUGUGCUGGACUUUAAAAAAAUGAAAAUUCAGGACCAAAUUUUUUCUCAGAGUAUGUAUGUGUUUGUUCCUUAUAGCUGUAAAUGAAAUGACUGUUUUUUCUCACCGAUGCUCCAUCCUCGUAUUGUUUUUUUUUUUUUCCUUGUAAAUGUAAUCGGAUGCCAUUUUAUAAGUGGACGUAUUUAUACUGGCCAAACAUUUUUGACUUUGUAUUUCUUUGUCCUUUUUUGGUAGUUCUCGUUGUUACCCGCACCAUUUUUAUGUCUCCUUCACUGAAGGGCUAGAGUUUUAACUUUUAAUUUUUUAUAUUUAAAUGUAGACUUUUGACACUUUUAAAAACAAAAAGAGAAGAGAGAUGAAAACGUUUGAUUAUUUUCUCAGUGUAUUUUUGUAAAAAAUAUAUAAAGGGGGUGUAAAUCGGUGUAAAUCGCUGUUUGGAUUUCCUGAUUUUUAACAACAGGGCCGCUGGUUAGUAUCUCACACGCGUGUGCGCGCUCACGCUCACUCACACUCUCACACACCCACGAAUCAGCCCCUAUUUUGUCCAUGUUUACACUCCAAUCUGCAGGCAUCUUAAAGUGACAGCAUCCCUCACCGCCCCCGCCGCUGCCCACUCCGCAGCCCCCCGCCUCCCCGCGGAGGGGGCGGCCGGGGGCCCGGGGGAAGGGAUUCACACUGUAUGCUACCGUUUUGGGGAGCCACCUGUCCCCGGAUGAAGUGAAGCAACUGGUGCAUUUACACAGAAGGGAUCCUGUACCUUUAACUUGUAAACCACAUCUUUUGCACUUUUUUUCUAAGCAAAAACGUGCCGUUUAAACCACUGGAUCUAUCGAAAUGCCGGUUUGAGUUCGCGACACUAUGUACUGCGUUUUUCAUUCUUGUAUUUGACUAUUUAAUCCUUUCUAUUUGUCGCUAAAUAUAAUUGUUUUAGUCUCUUAUGGCAUGAUGAUAGCAUAUGUAUUCAGGUUUAUAGCUGUUGUGUUUAAGAUGAAGAAAGUGAAAACAUCUUUGUACAUUUAAGUCUGUAUUAUAAUAAGCAAAAAAGAAGAUUGUGUGUUUAUGUAUGUUAAUAUAACAUGACAGGCACUAGGACGUCUGCCUAAUGAGGUGGUUCCGUUAAGGGUUUAACUUUUUUGUUUUUUUUUUUUUUUUUUUUGUUCUUUUUUUGGUCAUCCAUCCUGUGCAAUAUGCUGUGUAGAUUUUUUUUUUUUUUUUGGUCUACGGUCACCCACAGCACAACGUGGGGAAAGGAAAAAAAAAAGAAAAAAAAAUCAUGCCAGCUAACCAUGUCAAGUUCACUGCCUGUCAGAUUGUUGAUAUACCUUCUGUAAAUAACCUCUCUUUUGUUUUGUUUUGUUUUUAUUUUCCUUUUUUUUUUUUUUUUUUCUUCGGGAAGGAAAUAAAAUCAGCUGGAACUGAACCCUAA